AUGGAUCUGCAGACCUCCAGAGCUCUGCUUCUGUUCAUUCUCUUCACUGCAGGCACUCAGAUCAGCAGUGCUUGUAAUACUACUGAGCGCAAAUUCGGAUCAGCAUGGGACUCGCAAUGGUGUUAUGAGUGCAAGGGUUUGGGGAAUUACUGUCCGGACAGACCAGUGAUUUGUCCCAUCGGAUUUUCCAAGUGCAUGAGUUCAACAUUCAUAUUACAAAUUGGUGACACUCCUGUAAAAAUGAAGCAAAAGGAAUGCAUUGAAGAAUGUCAAGACAGCUCCAUAAACUAUGGCACAUUUAAGCAGACUUUUUCCUGCUGCGACACUCGCCUUUGUAACUACAGAGAUGCUCCAGAUCCCAGGACUAACGUUCCCAAUGGAAGAACAUGCUACUACUGCGAUGGGCAGGACUGCUCAAAAACCGUCAGAUGCUCAGGGACUGAAGACCGCUGCAUUACAACGACAAUGACUAAAGGAGGCCUGAAAAUGCUUGUAAAAGGCUGCAUCUCUAAAUAUAUGUGCGGGGCCCUAAAAUGUUCUUUUAUUCAGGACGUUUCAUGUUGUGAGGGGGACCUAUGUAACGGUGACAAGAGUAUCACCCAAGCCGUCACCCAGAGCUUCAGAAAUAACGCUGAUGAAAGUGUCAACCAAAGCGUCACCCGGAGCAUCCUCCAGAGCUUCAUGCAUGGAGCUAAGAGCGUCACCAAGAGACUGGCGUAUAAUGAUGCUAAGAGUGUCACCGACAGCAUGAUGUAUAACCAUGCUAAAAGAGUCAGGCAGAAAGUCAUGUAUAAUGAUGCUAAAAGUGUCAACCAGAGAGUCGUGUAUAACAAUGCUAAGAGCGUCAAGCAGAGCUUCCUGUUCCUCUGCUGUUCUCUGCUCUCCUACUUCCUGCGGCUCUGAAUGCAGCAGCUCCUCAGAUUCUACGAGAGAUGCUGUAUAUAUAGCUCAUGCUUCUGCAGUGCUUUGUUUUAUUUUUGUACUAUCAUUUUAUAUAAUAAAAUUCAUGACCUAAUUUCUGGAGUCAAAUGCAAUAAAGCUUGGCAUGCUGGAAAUA